AAAUAAUAUAAAUAGAAGACAAAGUAAAAUGGGUAGAUAUUUAAGGAGAUGAAGAAGAUUAAUUAAAGACCCAAUAACAAAAUGUUCAAGCCAAAUAAGAAAAAAAGGAACCAAAACCAGUAUAACCAUAAUAAUAUUAAUAAACAUAAGAAGAAAAUCAGGAUAAAUAAUAAUAACCACAAGCACCAGGAUAAAAAAAGCAAUUCUAUAAUAAUAAAAAAAGGCCAAUUCCAUAGAAAAAAGUUAUUUAUUAACCAGAAUUUUUAGAAAAAGCUACACACGGGAUUUAAGCUUCAGUAAAACAUAUAAAUAUAUUUUAAACUAAUUUUUUAUAAAGAAAAAUAUUUUCUAAAUUGAAGAUUCGGAUGAUGAAGUAGAAAAAUCAGAAUAAUAAUAAACAUAAGAAUAAUAAUAAGAAGAAGAAAAGCCUUAGGAAUAAUAAUAAGAAUAAUAAUAGGAAUAACAAUAAUAAAUUACUGAAUAAUAAAAAAAAAAUGAAGAAAAAAAAAAACUCUCAAAAAAAGAAUUAAAAUAAUAAUAAUUAUAAGAAUUAGAAGAACUUUUAAAAUAAAGUGGAGUGGAAUUAAAAGAAGAAGAUAAUGAAUAAUAAGGAGAAAAGAAAAAAAAGAAAAAAAAUAAAAAGAAAGAAGAAUAAAUUGAAUAAUAAUAAAACAAAAGUGAAAAAAAAGAAUAAGAGCCAACUGAAAACACUUAAACAUAAUAGUAAGGGGAAGAAUAAUUAAAUCCUUCUUAAGCUGCAGAAGCUGCUUUGA